AGACUUCGUUUCAUAUCGGAAACAAUAUGGCAGCUCCCAUGUGUUUGGAUUUCCCCACGUUGUGCAAUGCGAGCACCGCAGCGCUUGUGUUGACUCUUUGGUGUUUUACUGUAAAUUAAAGGCUCAAGAUGGCAACCUCAAUCGGACCAUUGAUUCAGUGGUGUAGUAGUGAACUCUCAGCUCUGCUAGGAGGAGAUGCGUCGGAGGACUUUGCCAAGUACCUCUUAGAAAUAGACAAUGUGAAAGACCUGGAGGACUAUCUGCAGGAGUUGCUGGACAUCGCUGACCCAAAGGCCCAGGCAUUCAUUCAGGAACUGCUGCGUAAGAAGCACUGUUCCGCCCCACCAGACAAUAUGACUGUGUAUAAGAAGCCAGUUGAAGACAACGACUAUGCUCCAAAGACCACCAAGACACAAGCCAAGUCCAAAGUCAAGGAAAAGAAGCCGGGAGGCUUCAUCAAGGUCGACUUGUCGGCUUUGAAGAGUGAAAUUCGAAUGCCUGGAGAUCCACCCCCUCCAGCAACAGUCCCACCCACCGCUGCCCCUCAUCAACCCAUCGCAGAGGCCCAGGCCAACAGGCAAGGAGCCAAACGCAAGCAGAAGUACGUCGCGCUGUACAGCAAGGAAGGAGAGGCGCGGAGCGUGGUGCACCUAGCGGGGAGGCACUGGUGCGAAUGUCAGGCCCAGAAGCACAGUCUGGUAGCCAACUGCCUCAAGUGUGGCCGAGUGGUGUGCCAUCAGGAAGGGUCUGGUCCCUGCCUAUUCUGCGGAACACUGGUGUGCACAAGGGAAGAGCAAGAAAUUCUGGCGAGGAACUCCAAGACCAGCGAGAAACUCCGCCGAAAGUUGAUGGGUGAAGGGAAGAAGGAGGAACCGGGGGCAAAGGUGGCCAAUAACGGGGACAUAUCGUUACCUCACGUCGCAGCCAGGCUGCAGUCUGGUCUGGACAAGGCACUCCAGCACAAGGACAGGCUGAUUGAGUACGACAAAACCAGUGUCCGUCGCACCAAAGUCAUCGAUGACGAGUCCGACUAUUUCUCCACGGACUCCAACCAAUGGCUGACCAAGGACGACCGAGCCAAACUCGAAAAGAGAAAACAAGAACUCCGGGAACUGAAACACGGCUCCCGCCUCAAGAAAACCUUCACUCUAGACUUUGCCGGCCGCAAAGUUGUCGAAGACACGGACCAAGUCAACAUGUACGAUGGGCAGGAUGAGGUCGUCCAGGCCGUGAACUUUGGCAAGUCGGGUCAGGUCAAAGGUCACAGAGGACCGGUCGGGGACAGCGACAUCAUCAAUCCAAAUAUAACUCAGGACGCACCCCAUUUUGUCCAAAGCAAAGAGGACCGGUAUCGGCUAUCCGACCCAGCCACAAUGCACAAGUCGGAGAAGCUGUCACUGAGCAGCAAGACCGGUGCCCUGCGCAUCCAGGACCGAGAGCUGAUGGAGAUGUCUGAUGAGGGAUACUGCCUGAGUAUGCAUCAGCCGUGGGCCUCACUGCUGGUUACCGGCGUGAAGAAACAUGAAGGCAGAACGUGGUAUUCAUCACAUAGAGGCAGGCUAUGGAUUGCCGCUGCCUCACAUCAAGCAACUGCUGAAGAAAUAGCACAAGUAGAGAACGCUCAUCUAGCAACGCAUCAAGCGGAUGACGCAGAGGAGGAGAUAUUUUUCCCCAGGGAGUAUCCCACGUCCUGCCUGCUAGGCUGUGUGGACAUGGUGGACUGCCUUUCACAGGACCAGUACCAGGAACAGUAUCCCCGUGGCGACAGCUCAUCACCCUAUGUAUUUAUAUGUGAGAACCCACAAGAACUUGUGGUCAGAUUUCCAAUAAAAGGCAAACAUAAAAUCUGGAAAAUGGACGGGCAAAUUCUAAAGGCAGCAAAGAAGGGUCUCCGGAAACCCAAGGACCACUAACACCAAUCCCCCCCUCCCCUCGCCACUAAUCUCACCCCUCUGAUGUGCAAUAGAACAGGUGCUAGGAGUAUCUUGCCACGCAGAACAGCGCACAUAUGGGUUAUACCAUUCCUUUGAUCAAGGUGAUCAAACCGUACUCCUGCAAAUUUGGUGCACACACAAAAACAAUCAAGGAUAACUGAGACAAAAUGUAUGCAGUAUGUGAGUGAAUGAAUGAAUGGUACCCAAUUUCAUGCUUCUGUCAACCACCAAAAAUUUGCAUUUAUGUUUACCUCACUGUGCCUACUGCUUCCGAACGCAAAAAGCCUCUUAUAAAACCGGGAACGCCUUAGUAUUUGGAUGUUUAGAAGCACGUAAGCCACAUUUCCUUGCUAUCUGUGAAAUAAACUAUGGUUAAAGUUAGAAUGGACCAUUUUGUCAUUUGUGCAUUUUUUUCUUUUAAAUUUGAAGCAACAAAAGUGCUCAAAAUCUAAAGGCGGGUGUUUAAUAAAUAACCUGAUUAAGUUAUAGCUCUGUGAAUGCUGUAUAUUGUAAGAAAACAAAUUCUGGAUCUCGACUUCCCUUCAAAAGUUCCCAAGUCAUUUUCGAAUUGCGCCCUCUCGCGACACAAUCCCGAUAUCAGCAUUCUGGAUGUGAUUCUCAUUCAGUCAAUUGUAGUUACCUGAUGUCACACACUGAACAGAUAAAUAAUCGUAAUAGUGGAUUUGCAGGAUUAUUAUGUUAUAGCAAAUAUUGUUACACUGACUUUUUCACGUUUUGGGUUCGUAGAUGCUG